UUUAUUUUUUAUUAUUGCUUGGCCCUAAUCCUCUUCCGUAGUAAGUGGACUAAUCAACUAUAAUAAACUUUAAUGUGCUUUUCUCCUGUGUGUUUCCUGUACUUCUGCAUCUCAGAGUUUAUGAUUUUGCUUUUAGUGCCUCAUCUGAAAUCUCUCCUUUGCCUACAAACACUGUGACGAACAAACGUGGCAAAAUGUAUUCAUUUGAUUUAAUUAUUGGCCAUACAAGCCAAUUUUAUUAUAUUUUAUUUUGGUCAUUAAAAGAAUCAGCUUUAUUUCGAGCUUUCAUAUGGUAUCAGUGAAUGUGCACGGAUAAACGAGGGCGGAGAUCAGAGAAGGAAGACGGACUGAAACUUUAGAAACACGCUUCCUCGUGUUAGUCAUUCUGAACGAUGAUGGAUGCAAAAGGAGAAAAAAGAAAAAGGUUUAUGAAAGUCCAUGUGUCUAAUAAGGAGAACUUGAAAAGCUGUGGGUUCCUGUUAAUUCUUCAUUUAAUGGAAGAAUUUAAUAAAGAGCCAAACAAAGCCAAACUAAGAUCCCAUUUCAGUGAGAUUCUCCACAGCAUCUUCUUUUUAGGGAUCAUUCAUGAGGACAGUCUUACUCCUGAAGACAUUUUAUCUGAAAAAACAGCUAAGAGUAUAAGAAAUGAAUUUCCAGAACCCUUUAUGAAAUUCAACACUCACCUACCCAAGCGGACGCCUUUCUCAAUAUUGUUAGACAUAAUGCAGCGUAAAUAUGGCACAAAAGAGAAAGUAAUGGAGGAGCUUUGCAGUCUAAUGGAAAAGCUGAAAUUUCCUGUUCCUAUAGACAGACCAGCAAACAAAUACCAACACUACUACACACUGGAAUCCACCGUCAUUUGCGUGUGCUCCAACAGUCAACACACAGAUGAAUAUUUUGGUGCUUCUCUGGGUUGUAGAGGUAAAAAGGCCAAAAGAAUUAUGAUAAACUCCUCAUGUUUAAAUACAUGGCAUGAGUAUGUAUCACAUGCAGUAAUGUCAUUCAGACAUCAAGAGGGUGACAGUUUACAAUUUCAUGAGUCAAUGCAAUGUCAGGCAUACAUCAGGGAUUUGAAAAUCAACACUUACAAAGAAACACGACCAUGUAGCAACUGUAACAAGCUUUUCAGUCUGCCAGACUGUACAGAAAAGGAAUAUAAUCCUUAUGGUAAUUGUGCAGAGACAGAAUGCUUGAGCAAACUCCUGUUUAAUGAUCAGUUCAUGCGAGAGAAUAUCACAAUUAGAAGUUAUAAACCUGAGGAAAUUAACAGGUUAAAAGCCUCUACCAAGGAAUCCUUGCUAAAGGAGCUUGCUUCGAUACCUUCUCUCAGCAAUAUGAAUGACCUUCUAUUUUUUUGACCCACAAUCAAAAAAUAAUGUCCUUAGUUAGAACAAAAAGUUUUCCAUCUUUCCCAAAAAAUAAUUUUCUCUAGUUCUGAAGCCAUACCAACUCAAGAAUCUCAUACCGUGAAAAAGGUUAGUGAAAAAAAACAUUUUUUUUUAAAUAUGUAUAAUUUUCAGUAUUUUAAAACAUCACACAUAGACUUGAGUGUUGCAACUGUAUCUAAAACAGUGCAAUAUAUCAUGGUGUCAUUUUAUUUUCCCCACAUACUAUGAUUAUAGUGUGAUCAUUUCCUCGGAGAUUUCAUGAACACGGAACACAUUCUAGAACCCCAUACAGAGUUCAAGCAGGCUCUAACUGGUUUAGUACAUUGCGUGCAUUGUUAUGUUGACUACAGGGCGCAAGGCACACCUAGAUUUCUGGUUAAACUUGAAUGAGUUUCCAUUUAAUUUGAGCUCUAAUACAUGUCUCCACUCAUCAAAUUAUUACUGGAUAUGAUUAGUAAUGUUCUAAGCUGUAUUGUGUAAUUAUGGAAAUAAAUCAUGUUUUGUUUAAUUUA